AUGGCAGUUCAAAAUUUUGCUCAAAAGGCUAAGGAAGCAGCUCAAGAGGCGCAAUUACUAGCUAAACAAGCUAAAGAGAAGGAAAAUAUAGCUCAAUUGCAAUGGGCAGAGGUAAAUUCCCCAGUAAAUUCGGGCAACACAACUUCCGGUAGCGGACUGAAAUCGUGGGCGGACGAGGUAGAAGAGGAGAGAGAGCAGCCGGAAAAGAGAAGUUUGAUUUGGGACAACUUUCAUAUAUCCAAGAUAUCGAGCGCUGGAUUCAAACUGGACUAUAUUAAACCAGGAAAGUAUGGUGAGUCUACAAUAACUGACAUAGAUUUAGAGGAUAUUGAAUCUGAAAUCAUUUACUGGAAAACAACGAUAGUGUGCUAUGUACUGGGUGCACACCCUCCUUUCACUGUGAUUAAUGGAUACAUACAACGAAUGUGGGCAAAACAUGGGUUAAAUAAAGUUGCAAUGAUGAAAAAUGGGGUAGUAUUAGUUCGAUUUGAUACAAUAGAGGGGAAGAACGAAGUGUUGCAAGGGGGGAUAUACCAUUUUGAUAACAAACCAUUCAUUGUUAAGGCAUGGGAUCUGGAGAUGGAAUUCACUAGGGCAGAAUUGUACUCAGUCCCUAUUUGGAUUAAGCUCCCUGGAUUGGAUUUUAAAUAUUGGAGCUCAGCAGGACUGAGUAACAUUGGUAGCUUGAUUGGGAAACCUCUCAUGGCGGACAGGAAUACAGAGAAGAAACAGGGGCUAAACUUUGCUAGAAUCCUGGUGGAGGUGAAUAUGGAUGCGAAACUGCCAGAUCUUGUGUUAUUUAGAAAUGAAAGGGGCAAUGUGGUAGAGCAGAAAGUUAUAUAUGACUGGAAGCCAACGUUGUGUAGUUACCGUGAUAAGUAUGGUCAUUCUAUAGAGGAAUGCAGGAAGAAGAAUCCAGUGCCUAAGUCUGUUCAACAGAUGCAACCAGCUCCUGUAGCAGCUCCUGUAGCAAAUCCUGUAGCAGCUCCUGUAGCAACUCAACCAGGUGAUAAACAAGUAGUGCAGGUAAAGAAGCCACAACAAGUGCAACAGAAGGCUGCAACUUGUUCAUUGUGGAUAACUCCUAUGAGAGGGACAAGUCCUUCAUUGCAGUUGAAACAGAAUACGGGAGUGAGUAGAAACUCCUUUCAAGCUUUGACUAAGGUUGAUGGUAAUAAGGGUGUAGUGAAAAAUGCUGGCCAGAGUGUGGAAGGCCACACCAUUCCUCCACUUGGGAAUGGUUAA